UUCUGAAUUUAGGAUUUUUGUCCAGUAAAAUUUCUGAUUCGGCAAAAUUUUGAGAUGGCACACUUAUCACAAUUGGUUUCUCUUGGAUUACAAAAUGCUCGACAAACUCUAGUAUCUUGUAAUAAUAACUUGGUGAAAGUAUGUGUUAGAUAUGCUUCAAAGAAAAGUAGUACUAGCACCUGCAACAAGAGUGGCCAUCCCAGACCAAAACAUAGAGGAUGGAAAAUACAGGAUGGGGGUUACACAUACGCGGGCAGAUUAUUGGUUACACAGCGAAACCUCAGAUUCCAUCCAGGUCUUAAUGUUGGUUUAUCAAGAGACAGAUCCUUAUUUGCCUUAGAACCAGGCAAAGUGGUAAUAACUUGUGAGAAAGUUGAUCUCAACUGGAAGCACCCUUGGGUUAAAUUAAAUUAUGCUGGUCGUGAAAAUCAAGUUAUAUAUAAGAAACACUUUAAUAUUAUUCCUGAGCCCCAGCAUAAUAGAUUCAAAUUAAUAGACACAAUCUAAAUAUGUAUAGGAAACAUGUAAAAACAGUUUUUUGAAUGUCUUAAACUCUUAAUAAAUAUGUUUAAUAAAUAUGUUGUAAUGCUGUGUGUUGACUAUAAAUGUGGAUAUCAUACAAAAUUGAUUAUUCUCUACUAACUCUCUAAUUGAUUAAUUUCUACUAACAAUUUAUGAUAAAAGUUUCUAAGUUGAAAUAUAAUUAGAAUUAAUUUUUCUUGAACCUGUAAGUAAUGCUCAUUUCACAAUUUUAUGAAACAUGCAUUAUAUGUAGACAUCUCUACAAAAAUCACAUCUCGAAAAAAAAACAAUGAAAAUAAUAUCAACAAAAUAUAAAUAUUUUUAAAUAAAAUGUUAUAUCAGCUGU